AUGGACCCUGAAGAAGGUGUGUCAGCCCCUUCAGAACCAGAAAAUCCAGGAGCUCCCCGUGUUCCUCUCUUUGAUAGUUUCAAUCAUGAGAGAAAAAAGGGCAUAAAAUCCUUUCUCAAGAGCUGCAAAUGCUUCGGUAUGGAAGCAUGGGCCUCGGAAGAUGGAACCUUGCCGGCUGUUUCAUGCACGUUACCUCCUGCUCCUGUCUCCCUAGCUAGAAAGGUGGGAGCAGAGUUUAUAGGUACUCUAAUACUAAUAUUUUCUGGGACAGCCACAGCCAUAAUGAACCAGAAGAAACAAGGCUCUGAAUCUUUAAUUGGACUGGCAGCCUCAACAGGGCUCGCUGUAAUGAUUGUUAUUCUGUCAACUGGUCACAUCUCUGGUGCCCAUCUCAACCCGGCUGUGACCAUUUCUUUCGCUGCUCUCAAGCAUUUCCCCUGGAAACAUGUUCCUGUGUACAUUGGAGCACAAAUUAUAGCAUCAUUAUGUGCUGCAUUCACACUCAAAGUAGUUUUGCACCCAAUAAUGAGUGGUGGAGUCACUGUUCCUUCUGGUAGUUAUGUUCAAGCUUUUGCUUUGGAGUUCAUCAUCAGCUUUAAUCUCAUGUUUGUUGUCACUGCAGCGGCUACCGAUACUAGAGCUGUGGGAAAGCAUGCAGGAAUUGCAGUAGGAGCCACUGUCAUGCUCAACAUACUAAUUGCCGGGGAGACAAGUGGGGCUUCAAUGAAUCCAGUGAGAACCCUGGGACCAGCAGUAGCAGUAGGAAACUAUAAAGCCAUUUGGGUCUACCUGACUGCUCCGUUUCUUGGCGCUCUCACUGGGGCAGGUGUUUACUCUGCAGUCAAACUGCCUGAUGAAGAUGGCAAUAAUCAUGCGAAGCCUUCACCCGAACAUAGUUUCAGAAGGUGA